AUGGUGAGAGAGCAAAAGGUGGAGUCUUUCUAUAAACGCCUUCGGGAGUCGGUCUCAGCUUCCACACUCUCACCUCUACUCAUAUUCCCGUCGACAUCAGAUGUAGAUUCACUCUGUGCGCUCAAGGUCAUUUUUAACAUCAUAGAGUCGGAUUCGAUCCGGUAUGCCUGCUACCCAGUGUCUUCUUUCCAAGAAAUUCACAAGUAUGCUGGCCAGGAUCUGACUUCUUCAUCACCUGAGGAGCCCAUUUCAAUCCUCUUAGUCAACUGGGGAUGCCAGCGUGAUUUGAGGAGGUUGCUGCAGUUGGGACCCGGGGUUCGGGUCUUCGUUGUCGAUAGCCACCGCCCGAUCCAUUUGCACAACCUGAAUGAGCAGAAUGAGAAUGUUGUGAUACUCUAUACUAGGGAGGAUGAGAGACAAGCUGACUUGGCUUAUGAUUUUUCUGAUGCGGCUCAUGAUUUCGAUGUUUCCGCUUUGGCUAAUGCUGGUGACUUGAACAGUGAUGAUGAGGGGAAUGAGAGUUCUGAUAGCGAGAGGGAUGAAGACAGUGACAGUGAGGAUGAGGAUGGAGAUGGGAAUGCAAGGAAGCGGCGGAAGGUAUCUAAAGAGAAUGAAGAUGACCCUCUUCAGCUUUACAGGAAAUUGAAGAGGGAAUACUAUAGCAUGGGUACUUUCCAUGGGAAGCCCUCUGGGUGCUUGAUGUAUGAACUGUCUCAUUCUUUGAGGAAGAAUACGAAUGAGCUGCUUUGGUUAGCUUGUGUCUCGCUAACUGAUCAGUUUGUUCACGAGAGGCUGACAGAUGAGAGGUACCAGGCUGGGGUGAUGGAGCUAGAACAGCACAUCAACAGUAUGGGAAAUCUGGAGGCAAUUACGGCAGUGACUCUGAAAGAUGGAACCAAGAUUCGAGCGCCUGAGUCAUCGAGAAUCUCAUAUGAAGACGAACCAAGACUUAUGUUGUUGCGGGAGUGGAAUUUGUUUGAUUCAAUGCUGUGCUCUUCCUACAUCGCACCCAAGUUGAAGACAUGGAGCGACAAUGGCAUGAAGAAGCUCAAGCUUCUGCUUGCCAGGAUGGGGUUUGCACUUGUGGAUUGCCAGCAGAAGUUUCAGUACAUGAACCUUGACGUGAAGAAAAAGAUGAAGGAUGAAUUCGAACGGUUCUUACCCGAGUAUGGGCUUAAUGAGUUUUACUACAGGAGUUUCCUGAGGCUGCAUGGUUAUAGCUCCAGAGUUUCAGCAGCAGAUGUGGUGUAUGGGGUGACAGCAUUGCUGGAAUCAUUUGUGAAUUCUGAUGGCUCUUGUGCUUCCAAGCAAUUCGGGGUGGCCUAUGAUGCACUGUCGUUGAACAAUCUCGACAAGUUACGAGCUGGAAUGCAACAGGCGAUCAAGGUGCAGAGGGCUAUUCUCAGGCAAGGAAGUGCAGCCAUAACCAAGAGCGGGUGUGUUAGAAGUGGGAGAAAGUUCAGGUGGGUGAAACUUGAGGACUCCAUCGACACCAAGCUGUUGGGAUACCCACAGGCCUUAACAAAGUUCUGCUACUUUGUAAUGGAUGCAUUGAGAGAGAAAGGAGCUCGGCCGAAGCCAUUGCUGUGCGCUUGCCUGUCACCAGAUGCAAACAAGAUGCUGAUAGUUGGAGUGUGCGGGAAGCCUCGACUGGGUGCGCUGAAAGGAAAUGCAUUUGGAGCUGCGUUCAGAAAUGCUGCGCAGGAGAUUGGAGCAGAGUACUUCCAUGAGUUAUUCGAGUCUUCCUGGAUUGUGUUAGAGAAAGAUGCGGUCAAUAACUUCAUGAUCAGAAUAACUGAGAAGCUCUGA